AUGCUUUGGAAGUUUUGCAAAAGGCAUCAAAUUAAAUCAAGUUCAAAUAUUCCCUGUGUCCCUAAAGACUUACUGAUGAUGUCUGAAUUUGUUCUUCCAAGAUUUAUAUUUUGUCUUAUUCAGUACUUAAGAGAAGGCUAUAAUGAACCAGCAGCUGAUGGACCAUCAGAAAAGGACCUUAACAAGGUCCUUCAACUUUUGGAACCUCAAAUUUCCUUUUUAGAAGACCUAACUAAAAUGGGAGGAGCAAUGCGGUCUGUUCUUACUCAGGUUUUGACAAACCAACAAAACUACAAAGAUCUGACUUCGGGUCUUGGAGAAAAUGCUUGUGUAAAGAAAAGUCAUGAAAAGUACCUUAUAGCUUUAAAGAGCUCUGGACUUACAUAUCCUGAGGAUAAGCUUGUAUAUGGUGUGCAGGAACCAUCUGCUGGUACUAGUUCUCUGGCAGUUCAAGGUUUUGUAGGUGCAACAGGAACUUUGGGACAAGUAGAUUCUUCAGAUGAGGAUGAUCAGGAUGGUAGUCAAGGUCUGGGCAAGAGAAAGAGGGUAAAACUAAGCAGUGGCACCAAAGAUCAAUCCAUAAUGGAUGUUUUGAAACAUAAAAGCUUCCUAGAAGAACUAUUAUUUUGGACUAUAAAAUAUGAAUUCCCUCAAAAGAUGGUAACUUUCUUACUCAACAUGCUUCCCGAUCAAGAGUAUAAGGUUGCUUUUACAAAAACUUUUGUUCAGCAUUAUGCUUUCAUUAUGAAAACACUGAAGAAAAGUCAUGAAUCAGACACAAUGUCUAACAGAAUUGUGCAUAUUAGUGUUCAGUUGUUCAGCAAUGAGGAGCUAGCCAGACAGGUAACAGAAGAAUGUCAGCUGCUGGAUAUUAUGGUCACUGUGCUAUUAUACAUGAUGGAAAGUUGCCUUAUUAAAAGUGAGCUACAAGAUGAAGAAAAUAGUUUACAUGUGGUAGUGAACUGUGGAGAAGCAUUACUGAAGAAUAACACUUAUUGGCCUCUUGUUAGUGAUUUUAUUAAUAUUCUUUCUCAUCAAAGUGUGGCCAAGAGAUUUUUGGAGGAUCACGGUUUGUUAGUUACAUGGAUGAACUUUGUAUCUUUCUUUCAAGGUAUGAACUUAAACAAGCGAGAACUAAAUGAGCAUGUGGAAUUUGAGUCUCAGACCUACUAUGCUGCCUUUGCUGCUGAACUUGAGGCCUGUGCACAGCCAAUGUGGGGGCUUUUAUCACAUUGUAAAGUUAGGGAAACUCAAGAAUAUACCCGAAAUGUUGUUAGAUAUUGCCUUGAAGCUCUUCAAGACUGGUUUGAUGCUAUUAACUUCGUAGAUGAGCCAGCACCUAACCAAGUCACUUUUCAUCUGCCACUACAUCGUUACUAUGCUAUGUUUUUGAGUAAGGCUGUGAAAUGUCAAGAACUAGAUUUGGAUUCUGUUUUACCAGAUCAGGAAAUGCUAAUGAAACUAAUGAUUCACCCACUCCAAAUUCAAGCAAGUCUUGCUGAAAUCCACAGCAAUAUGUGGGUAAGAAAUGGUCUACAAAUCAAAGGACAAGCCAUGACCUAUGUCCAGUCUCAUUUUUGUAAUUCCAUGAUUGAUCCUGACAUUUACCUGUUACAGGUUUGUGCUUCUAGACUUGACCCAGAUUAUUUUAUUUCAUCCGUCUUUGAAAGAUUUAAGGUAGUGGAUUUGUUGACAAUGGCAUCACAACAUCAAAAUACAGUACUUGAUGCAGAGCAUGAGAGGUCGAUGUUAGAAGGCGCUCUUACAUUUCUUGUGAUUCUUUUGAGUCUUCGUUUACAUUUAGGAAUGUCUGAUGAUGAGAUUCUCAGGGCGGAGAUGGUAGCCCAGCUGUGUAUGAAUGACAGGACACACAGUUCAUUGCUGGACCUUAUUCCAGAAAAUCCUAAUCCCAAAAGUGGCAUUAUUCCAGGCAGUUACAGCUUUGAAUCAGUUUUAUCAGCUGUAGCUGAUUUUAAGGCUCCUGUUUUUGAACCUGGAGGUUCUAUGCAACAAGGCAUGUAUACUCCCAAAGCUGAAGUCUGGGAUCAAGAGUUUGACCCCGUCAUGGUCAUUCUUCGAACAGUUUACCGUAGAGAUGUGCAGUCUGCAAUGGACAGAUAUACUGCAUUUUUAAAACAGAGCGGAAAAUUUCCUGGAAAUCCCUGGCCUCCCUAUAAGAAAAGGACAUCACUCCAUCCUAGCUAUAAAGGUCUCAUGAGACUUUUGCACUGUAAAACUUUACACAUUGUGCUAUUCACUCUGCUUUACAAGAUUUUGAUGGAUCAUCAAAAUCUGUCAGAACAUGUACUCUGCAUGGUUUUGUAUCUGAUUGAAUUAGGACUCGAAAAUUCUGCUGAAGAAGAAUCAGAUGAAGAGGCAUCCGUGGGUGGACCAGAACGUUGUCAUGACAGUUGGUUUCCUGGCAGUAACUUAGUGUCAAACAUGCGACACUUUAUAAACUAUGUUAGAGUAAGAGUUCCAGAGACUGCGCCUGAAGUGAAGAGAGACUCACCUGCAAGUACUAGCUCUGAUAACUUGGGUUCCUUUCAAAAUUCUGGUACAGCUCAAGUUUUCAGUUUAGUAGCAGAACGUAGAAAGAAAUUUCAGGAAAUCAUCAAUCGCAGUAGCAGUGAAGCAAAUCAGGUGGUUCGUCCCAAAACUUCAAGUAAAUGGUCUGCUCCUGGCUCAGCUCCACAGUUAACUACAGCCAUUUUGGAAAUUAAAGAAAGCAUAUUGUCUUUGCUAAUUAAACUUCACCACAAACUCUCAGGAAAACAAAACUCCUACUAUCCUCCUUGGCUUGAUGACAUAGAAAUUUUAAUCCAACCAGAAAUUCCUAAAUACAGUCAUGGAGAUGGUAUAACUGCAGUGGAAAGAAUUUUACUAAAAGCUGCGUCGCAAAGUAGAAUGAACAAACGCAUCAUUGAAGAGAUAUGUAGAAAAGUGACCCCUCCUGUACCACCUAAAAAAGUCACUGCAGCAGAGAAGAAAACAUUGGACAAAGAAGAAAGGCGACAGAAGGCUAGAGAGAGGCAGCAGAAAUUGCUUGCAGAGUUUGCUUCACGACAGAAAAGCUUUAUGGAAACUGCAAUGGAUGUUGAUUCUCCUGAGAAUGAUAUACCUAUGGAGAUCACCACGGCAGAACCACAGGUUUCCGAGGCAGUAUAUGACUGUGUUAUUUGUGGACAGAGUGGCCCCUCCUCUGAAGACCGACCUACUGGAUUAGUUGUACUGUUACAAGCAUCCUCAGUUUUGGGGCAGUGCCGUGACAAUGUUGAGCCAAAAAAGUUGCCAAUCACUGAAGAGGAGCAGAUUUACCCUUGGGAUACCUGUGCAGCCGUUCAUGACGUGCGGCUUUCAUUAUUACAGCGUUAUUUUAAGGAUAGUUCAUGUCUCUUGGCAGUAUCAAUUGGCUGGGAAGGAGGUGUCUAUGUACAAACCUGUGGUCACACAUUACAUAUAGAUUGUCAUAAAUCUUAUAUGGAAUCAUUACGGAAUGAUCAGGUUCUUCAGGGCUUCUCAGUGGACAAAGGAGAAUUCACGUGUCCCCUCUGUAGGCAGUUUGCUAACAGUGUUCUUCCAUGUUAUCCUGGAAGCAAUGUGGAAAAUAACCCUUGGCAACGUCCUAGCAACAAAAGCAUACAAGAUCUCAUAAAGGAAGUGGAGGAGCUGCAGGGACGACCGGGAGCUUUCCCAUCAGAAACAAAUUUAAGUAAAGAAAUGGAAUCUGUAAUGAAAGAUAUAAAAAAUACCACUCAGAAGAAAUAUAGAGACUAUAGCAAGACCCCGGGCUCACCAGACAAUGAUUUUCUCUUUAUGUACUCUGUUGCUAGAACCAAUUUAGAACUUGAAUUGAUUCAUCGAGGAGGCAAUUUGUGUUCAGGUGGUGCAAGCACAGCUGGCAAAAGGUCUUGUUUAAAUCAGCUGUUUCAUGUAUUAGCCUUGCACAUGCGGCUUUAUAGCAUUGACUCUGAGUAUAAUCCCUGGAGAAAGCUCACCCAGUUAGAAGAGAUGAAUCCACAGCUGGGAUAUGAAGAACAACAGCCUGAGGUUCCAAUUCUUUAUCAUGAUGUAACAUCCCUUUUGCUCAUCCAAAUCUUAAUGAUGCCACAACCCUUACGCAAAGACCACUUUACUUGCAUUGUGAAGGUACUUUUUACCCUACUGUACACACAGGCUCUUGCAGAACUCUCAGUUAAAUGCAGCGAAGAAGAUAGGUCAGCCUGGAAACACGCGGGAGCUCUCAAAAAGAGUACAUGUGAUGCAGAAAAGUCUUAUGAAGUGUUACUGAGCUUUGUGAUAAGUGAACUAUCUAAAGGAAAGUUAUACCAUGAAGAAGGAACUCAGGAGUGUGCAAUGGUUAACCCUAUUGCUUGGUCUCCUGAAUCCAUGGAAAAGUACUUACAGGACUUCUGCUUACCUUUUCUCAGAAUCACCAGCCUUCUUCAGCACCAUCUUUUUGGGGAAGAUUUACCUAGCUGCCAGGAAGAAGAAGAAUUUUCAGUUCUUGCCAGCUGCCUGGGACUUCUGCCAACAUUUUACCAAACAGAACAUCCAUUCAUCAGUGCCUCCUGUCUGGAUUGGCCGGUUCCAGCAUUUGAUAUUAUAACUCAGUGGUGUUUUGAGAUAAAAUCGUUUACUGAAAGACAUGCAGAACAAGGAAAGGCCUUGCUUAUCCAAGAGUCAAAAUGGAAAUUACCACACCUACUACAGUUGCCUGAGAAUUAUAACACCAUUUUUCAGUACUACCACAGAAAAACCUGUAGUGUCUGCACCAAGGUUCCUAAAGAUCCUGCUGUUUGCCUUGUGUGUGGUACUUUUGUAUGCCUGAAAGGACUUUGCUGCAAGCAACAAAGUUACUGUGAAUGUGUAUUGCAUUCUCAGAACUGUGGUGCAGGAACAGGUAUUUUCCUUUUGAUCAAUGCAUCAGUAAUUAUCAUCAUUCGAGGUCACCGCUUCUGCCUCUGGGGUUCCGUGUAUUUGGAUGCUCAUGGAGAGGAAGACCGGGAUCUUAGGCGAGGCAAACCUCUCUACAUUUGUAAGGAAAGAUACAAAGUUCUUGAGCAACAGUGGAUUUCCCAUACUUUUGAUCACAUCAAUAAAAGAUGGGGUCCACAUUACAAUGGGCUGUGACUCUCCACCUCAGCAUUGCAUCAUAUCAUCAUUUUCGCUACGAAUUUAUUUUUCAACGAUAAGCUUUAACUUAAUUUGGGGGAUUAACACUUUUGCUGAGGGAGAAAAAGAAAACAUAUAUUAUGAAGCCUUUCCAAAAUUAGGUGCUUGGUAAUCACGUUAAUGGUAUAAUAAUUUGCUUUAAUAUCUGGAAAACAUUAAUAACAAGUUAAAUUAUUCUUUAGUGGUCAUUUUUUAAGUGCACAAUUAAUAAGAAGCACAACUUGUUCACAAACUCAUUCAGAAAUGAUUCUCCCAACAAUGCAUAUCAGCUAUUCAUUGAUACUUAGAGUGGGUGUGAUUUAUUUGACAUUUUACUGCUUCUUUCUGUGUUUUAAUUUGCAUCUGCUAAGCAUAAUGCAUCUUUUUUCCUCUGCCAUUCUUGUGUUGAUUUGAGAAUUUUUCUGUAUGUAAUUAGAAAAAAAUGUAAAACAUGAUUUAUGUGAAAUAUUGUAUAGUAAAAGUUGGUCUAAUAGUAGAACUUUAAAAUUUUUUCUUAUUGUGAGGAAUCUGUUAAAAGUUUAAGGCUUUGCUGAAAACUGAAUUCAUUCUCAGGAAUUUCAUAAAUCUUCUCCCCAGGUAAAUAAUUGAAAUAGCUGUAAAAUAAGUAGAUAGCUGCUGUUAAUAUAAUACAGUACAUUUUGGGGGGCAUAUGUGUGGUUGGGGGGGGUCCUUAAAAAUCAAAAUUUGCCAUUUCAAGUUGGAUGAAUUACUAGAGGUAAUAACAAAUCUUACUAUAAAAUCAAGAGGUACAUACAUUGGGCAGAUGUUGAUUCUGUGCAUGCCCACCUUUUAUUACUAAACAAGUAAUGAUUGUAUUAGAAAUGCUCAGACUUCCCCAGAAAUGAACCAUAAGUUUUGGAACUUUCUUUCAGCUCAAGAGGUUCAGCUAUAUUGUAUUUGUGCAGUGUAAUCACUGCUAUUUCUGCUUGGUUUCCUAAAAGGAAAAAAAAAAAAGGCACAGUGGUGAUGACCCUCAUGAAUGAGCCUUGCUUCUGCAUUCUUCUUAGAAACUGCUGUGAAAAACAAUUUAUGUUUGCAGGGUUUAAAAAUCAGUAAAAAUGGGAAUGAUUGAGCUAAAACCCACUCUAUGAGAAGGAAAAUUACUGAAAAGCAUGUGAUAUAUUGCUACAAAGAUUUUUUUUCCUAAAUGAUUCGGUAAUUGAUUAUUUAACAUAUAGUGCUAUCAAAUCAAGCUAUCCCUGGUACUUUGGACUUCCAUGGCUUGUUACAUAAAAUUACAUUUUUACAUGUAAAAAUAAACUAAACAAAUCUAAUGAUAAAGUAUAAAAAUAAUGUCAGAUCCAUGUUCUAAAAAAUGUUUGUAAUGACAUGACAUUACAAGAGUAUAAAAAUGGAUAUUAAAUGAUGGCCUUGCAUUAAAAUAUGGAAAGCAGAGCAGUACAUAUUCAAAUGUAUUCACAAAGUCAAAAAAUUACCUAUAGUUCUACAAUAAAAUACAUGGAAAUAGCUUGCUAUUUUUAUAUACAUUUCCAAAAUAUUAAGAUAACUUUCUGUAAGACUCAAAUGAUUCUGUUUGACUAAAUAGCUGUCCUUUCCAACACAUUGCUACUUUUUUAAAUACUGUAUCAUAAGUUCAGCCUGUCAUACUUUUUGCAUUGAUCAUUAUGAAUACCAGACCAUUUGUAAGUGUGGUUGAAGAGCAAAAUGCUAAUUUACAUCUCUAGUAAAUACUGUUACAGGAUUCAUGAACUUGAAUAAUUCUACAGUUUGAAACUCUGAUGCUAUAUAUACAUGGUAUAAUGUAUUCAGACUUUGAUUACUACUUAUUUAAAAUGGAAUGUUUUAUGGUUGUGCAUAUGGAUGUGAAGUGAAAAUAUUAGCCUUAACUUUAAAAUUUGGGUGUUUGAUAGUGUUUAUUUUGAUAUUGGUGAAUUAGUCACCAGUAAAUUUUAAAAAAGCACUUGGUUGAAAAUUGUACUUGAAUACAUACAUGCAUGCUGCUAAACUAGAACUUUAAUUUUUCCCCAUAACUUUUAUAAGUCCCAUUUAUAAACCCACUUUUAAAAAUAACAGGUCCAAGUUAGAGUGAUGUGUGUAUAUUAUUCAAAAAAAUGUACUGGUGUGAUAUCUUGUAUGAAUGAUCAUUUAAAUACAGUACAUUACUGUAGAAGCUAAAUUGAUCUUUAUAAUUAAGCAGAAAUUACAAAACUAGGAAUAAUCAACAUUGUAAGAUAUGUUAAUAAAAACCUGCUGUCAUUUGGUUUGUGAAAGGUCCUUAAAA